AUGUCUCUCGUCGACGAGCAUGUCUCUGUGCAACAGUGCAAGCGCGCCGUAGAUGCGCUCCUCGCCCAUGCCGCCAAAUUCGAAGAGGAGAAGGCCGAGAGCCAGCUCCUGUCCGGCAAGGAGCAGAACGUCUGGCUCGUGGUCAACACCAAGCUCAUGCAGGCCGAAAAGAAGAUAAAACCCGCGCGGAUAAACUUGAAGCACCCCAUUGUCGACCCCCGCACCUCGUCCGUGUGCCUCAUAACAAAGGACCCGCAGCGCGAGUACAAAGACCUCAUUGCCCAGCACGACAUCAAGUUCAUCUCCCGCGUCGUCGACAUCAAGCACCUCAAGGGCAAGUGGAAGCCGUUUGAGGCGCGGCGCAUGCUUCUGCAUGAGCACGGGCUCUUCCUCGCGGACGAGCGCGUCGUGCCUCUACUUCCCAAACUGCUCGGAAGCAAGUUUUUCCAAGCGAAAAAGCAACCCAUCCCGGUCUGCGUCACGCGCAAGGACCUCAAGGCCGAGCUCGAGCGUGCCAUUUCCUCGACGUACUUCCACCAAAACCAGGGCACUUGUACGUCCAUCAGAAUCGGUACGGUCUCGCAAAAGCCCGCGCAGGUCCUCGCGAACCUGCAGACCGCGCUCCCCGACGUCGUGAAGCACAUCAAGGGCGGCUGGGACAACGUCCAGAGCUUCCUCAUCAAGACGAACUCGUCCGCCGCGCUCCCCGUCUGGCAGUGCGACCUUACUGCAGAAGCCGGCGGCCGCUGGGAGGGCCUCGUUGCGGGUGCGAGCGAGGACGAGGACGCGGAGAUGGACGAUGCGGAGGCGAGCGCGGAGGACGACGAGAUGGUGGUCGAAAAGCCUACCGUUGACGCGAAGGGUAAGGGCAAGAAGCGGACGGCGGAAGAGGUGGAGAAGGACGAGCCGAAGAAAAAGGCGAAGGCUGCUGCAGCGACAGCUGCUCCCACAAAAUCCAAGGCGAAGGCGGCAGAGUCUGCCCCUGCUGCCCCCGCGAGCGCACCCGCGUCCGAGCCUGCGAAGAAGAAGCGGCGCAAGUCCAACGCAGACCCCGCGAGCGUUCCAGAGGCGGCGUCGACGCCCGCAAAGGCAGCGAGCGAGGAGAAGGCGCAUGCAGCGGACGCGGACGCGGACGCAGCUGCUGAGGGCGAGAAGAAGCGCAGACGCAAAAAGACCAAGGGCGAAGCCGAGCCCGCCGCCGCAUCGUCGCCCGCGCCCGCGCCCGCGUCAUCAUCGCCCGCCAAGCCCGCCGAAGCCGACGCAGAGCCCUCGCAGCCCGCGAAAAAGGAGAAGCGCAAGAAGGCGCGCGCUGCCGCCACCGAGUCUGCCGACGCCGCGUCCCCCGCGAAGCCGUCCGAGCCCGAAGUCGCGGCGCCCGCGCCCGCCACCCCCUCCAUUCCCAAGAAGAAACGCCGCGCGUCCGCAGUCGACUUCUUCGACGCCGCCGCGACGCCUGCAGCGGCCGCGCGGCCCGCCGUCCCCCCAAACACGCCCGCGGACGGGCUGGUGGCGGAGACGCCCGCGAGCGGGAAGCGCAAGAAGCGCACGAAGGCCGCUGGGGAGGAGACUCAGACCCCGGUGACGACGGCGAUCGCGAAGCUCGCGGUGGAGGAGCCUGUGACCCCGGGCGAGGCGGAUACCCCGAGCGGGAAGAAGGGGCGCAAGCGCAAGGGGAAGGACGGCGCGGCGGACGCUGAGGCGACGCCUGUGUCCGCGGCCCAGGAGCCUGCCGCGCCGGUGGAGGACACGCCUGCGAAGAAGCUGAAGCGUAAGCAGAAGGCUGCGGUCGACGGCGCGGCGGCGGCGAUCACGCCGUCGCUGAGCGCGGAGGAGAUGAAGCAGAAGAGGAGCGCGUCGGGUGCGGGCACUAAGAAGGAGAAGGUGCUGGGCGCGAAGCCUGCCGCGAAGAGCGCGAAGGACGCGGUGGUCGGCAAGAGAAAGCUCUGAGCUCUCUGUAGGCCCGUUGGCGGCGUCGAUGGUCUUCUUGUGUCUUGGGUGCACCUUGCUUGUGUACACGUACGGAGCACGAUCUAC